UGUUAUAAAGAAGCAGAUGAAAACGUGUUUGACCUUGUAAACUCGUCUCCCAUGUAUGGUGAAAGACCCUUUUCUUGUUUUUCUUUCUCACGCGUCCUCAACCAAAAUCCCCAUAGCACCGAAAAGUAGCAAUUAACUCCGCAAAACUUCCCUUAAUCAGACAACUUUAACUACUCCUUUUCUUCCUUCAUUUCCUCCGCUUAUCAAGCCUUUUACAAGAAACUCCCAAAGGCCAAAGACUCAAUAAAGAUCAACCCUUUUCUCUUCAAUUUUGUUUAUUUAUUUUUUGAUCUGAUCAAGUUUACGUAUUUUAGUUUUGUUUUUGGUAUUUUUUUGGUUGUUGUGAUGGCGGAUAUAGUGAAGCAAAUCUUGGCAAAGCCGAUUCAGUUAGCAGACCAAGUAAUGAAAGCGGCGGACGAAGCAAGUUCGUUUAAGCAAGAGUGUGCGGAGCUUAAGUCCAAGGCAGAGAAACUCGCUGGCUUACUCCGACAAGCGGCGCGUGCGAGUUCCGACCUUUACGAACGUCCCACGCGCCGCAUAAUCGAUGAUACCGAACAAGUGCUCGAUAAAGCUCUCUCUUUGGUCCUCAAAUGCCGUGCCAAUGGCCUUAUGAAGCGCCUGUUCACAAUCAUUCCCGCUGCCGCUUUCCGUAAAAUGUCUUCUCAGCUCGAGAACUCAAUCGGCGAUGUUUCUUGGCUUCUCCGUGUUUCAGCUUCGGCUGACGAUCGCGACGAUGAGUACCUAGGCCUUCCUCCGAUCGCUGCAAACGAGCCGAUUUUAUGCCUAAUUUGGGAACAAAUCGCGAUUCUUUACACCGGUUCACUCGACGUCCGGUCCGACGCGGCUGCUUCGCUUGUUUCGCUAGCCAGAGACAAUGAUCGGUACGGGAAACUGAUUAUAGAAGAAGGAGGGGUUGGACCGUUGUUGAAAUUAGUCAAAGAAGGGAAAGUGGAAGGUCAAGAAAACGCCGCCAAAGCAAUUGGACUUCUGGGUCGGGACCCUGAAAGCGUCGAGCAUAUGAUCCUCGCUGGUGCUUGCACGGUGUUUGCGAAAAUCCUUAAAGAAGGUCCGAUGAAAGUUCAAGCCGUAACGGCGUGGGCGGUGUCUGAGCUGGCAGCUAAUUAUCCAAAAUGUCAAGAUUUAUUUGCUCAGCAUAAUAUAAUCCGAUUACUCGUUAGUCAUUUGGCGUUUGAAACGAUUCAAGAACAUAGCAAAUAUGCAAUUGCUAGUAACAAGGCGACGUCAAUCCACGCGGUGGUUAUGGCGAGUAGUAAUAAUUCGAAUGUGAAUAAUGUGGAAAAUGUUGUUGAUGAAGAUCAUCAGAGUCAGAUUACGCAUCCUAUGGGGACGGAAACGCCUAAUCGGAUGCAUAACGUGGUUAUGAAUACUAUGGCAAUGAAAGAAGGGGUGAAAUUGCCACAAAAGCCGAGUAAUAAUCAUGUUAGCAGUAAUAGUCAGGGCAAUGUCAAGCAAGUUCAUCAAGUUUAUUAUCAACAUCAGCAGAAUGGUUCAAUUGCCGGGACGAAUAUUAAGGGAAGGGAAUUGGAAGAUCCUUCUACCAAGGCUUAUAUGAAAGCAAUGGCAGCUAGAGCUUUAUGGCAUCUUGCUAAGGGGAAUUCUUCUAUUUGUCGGAGUAUUACUGAGUCUAGAGCACUGCUAUGUUUGGCGGUUUUGUUAGAAAAAGGAACUGAUGAUGUGCAGUUUAAUUCAGCUAUGGCAUUGAUGGAGAUUACAGCUGUGGCAGAGCAGGAUACUGAUUUGAGAAGGUUUGCAUUUAAGCCGAAUUCUCAUGCUUGUAAGCUCGUCGUCGAUCAGCUGUUGAACAUAAUUGAGAAGGCUGAUUCUGAGCUGCUCAUUCCUUGUAUGAAGGCUAUUGGUAAUUUGGCAAGGACGUUUAGAGCAACGGAAACAAGGAUGAUUUCCCCAUUGGUUAAACUUCUCGAUGAGAGGGAAGCUGAAGUUUCUAAGGAGGCUGCAAUAGCACUUACCAAGUUUGCUUGCAAAGAGAACUAUCUACACGUUGAUCACUCCAAGGCAAUUAUUAGUGCAGGAGGUGCAAAGUAUUUGAUUCAGCUAGUGUAUUUUGGGGAACAAAUUGUUCAAGUCUCAGCAUUACUUCUCCUAUGCUACAUUGCCCUCCAUGUACCGGAUAGCGAAGAACUUGCCCAAGCUCAAGUGCUUACAGUUCUGGAAUGGGCAUCCAAGCAAUCCUGCAUGACCCACGAUGAAACAGUGGACACACUUCUACAAGAGGCCAAAAGUAGAUUGGAGCUGUAUCAGUCCAGAGGUUCAAGGGGAUUUCAUUGAUUCAAUCGCUUUUCCAUUGUUGCUGACAUCUUGGUUGGAACAGCUAGAAAUGAGAUAGGGUGGGGGAAAGUUGCCUGGAAAGAUUGCUUAUGAUCUCGAUUUGGAGGUGAAGUAAUAAGUUUUAUUGACCUGAAAGUUUUUUUGUGGUUUCUAACGGCCAUAAAAGAAUCAUUCAACCUCAGACCUCAGAGGGCUUGGACUCUUUCAAACCACCUGCUCUGGCUUACUACUACUUUUCUUGGUCUUGUCAUCUGAUUCCAUCAUCAAACUACAAAUUACCUACCUUGGUUGCCACCUACAUGAUGGUGAUUCUGCUGCAUUUAUACUUUAUAGCAAGUGUUUAGGAGCAAAUUAAGAAUCGGUAACUUGUGCUCACAUGAGAAGAAUCCUUUUCCUUUCUUUUCUUUUCUUUUUUUCUAUUUCUACUUUAUUAACAAUUUCAAGUGGAGAAAUAUCCAUAUACUUGUCAAAUCCACCCAGAAGAACCACUGUAUAGUCAAUUUCAGUUUGCGAUCCAGGAAAGGGGGAAAGAAUAAUAAGAAUCCCCACGUUUUAGAUUAGUUGAAAUUCAUACAAACAGAGAAAAUUAAGAAGAUAUCCACACACUAAGCAUGAGUUGACAUUACUGAAAAAUGAUGGUCAACAAAACCGGAACUGAUGAUAUUUGCUUUAUUUUGCUUUUCCUAUAAUGCAAUGUUUGCAGAUGGAAAGUUUGCCUUUUGUGCUGAAACAUGGGAGUGGUGGCAUUUCAGUGU